GAACCGGCUCAAACGGUUCAACUGGACCGGCGGUGUAUACAAGUCUUCGUCUCUACUCUUUCAUACCAAGCCUCUGUAAACUUCUGUUUUCCCCUGCUACUCAAACCUUUCAACAUGUGGAUUCUAACCGCCAUACGGAUACUGUUAGUCUCAGCGUUAAUGUCCCUAACGGCGCACGUUUAUCUACUUCUAUCUAUCGGCCGGAGCAACAAAAACAAAGCCGUAGGGUUUUUUCAUCCGUACACCAACGACGGCGGCGGUGGAGAGCGAGUUUUAUGGUGUGCGGUUAAAGCUGUUCAAGAAGAACGUCCUGAUCUUGACUGUGUUAUCUACACCGGCGAUCAUGAUGCUUCGCCUGACAGUCUCCUCCGUCGCGCCGUUGAUCGGUUUGGUGUUAAUUUGAUUUCGCCUCCUAAGGUUGUGCAUUUACACAAAAGGAAAUGGAUAGAAGACAAAACCUAUCCUCGUUUCACUAUGAUUGGUCAAAGUCUUGGUUCGAUCUACCUCGCAUGGGAAGCAUUGACCAAAUUCGUUCCACUGUAUUAUAUGGAUACAAGUGGAUAUGCUUUUACUUAUCCACUUGCCCGCCUUUUCGGGUGCAAAGUCAUUUGCUACACACAUUAUCCAACAAUCAGCUUAGAUAUGCUCUCACGAGUCCAUUCGCAGAGUUCCAUGUAUAAUAACGAUGCGUUGGUUGCUAACAGUGUUCUGCUAUCACGGUUCAAACUUGUGUAUUACACAAUUUUUAGCUGGAUGUAUGGAUUUGUUGGUUCUUGUGCAAAUCUUGCUAUGGUGAAUUCUUCAUGGACGCAUUCGCAUAUUGAGAAGCUUUGGGGAAUCCCAGAUCGAAUUAAACGAGUUUAUCCUCCUUGUGAUACAACUGGUUUGCAGGCACUUCCACUGGAAACAAAAGCGACACCGCCCGUAAUCAUUUCGGUGGCUCAAUUUCGACCAGAGAAGGCACAUACUCUUCAGCUUCAGGCUUUUGCAUUAUCCAUUAGUAAAUUAGAUUCAGAUGUUAUUAGACCCAAACUCCAAUUCGUUGGUAGUUGUAGAAACGACGCUGAUGAAGCAAGAUUGCAGAAUCUGAAAGAUUUAGCGUUUGAACUCAAGGUAGAAGAUGAUGUAGAGUUCCAUAAGAAUGUGACCUACAGGGAGUUAGUAAAGCUAUUAGGAGAUGCAACAGCUGGGAUACAUUCAAUGAUAGAUGAACAUUUUGGCAUUAGUGUCGUAGAGUACAUGGCUGCAGGAGCCAUACCCAUUGCUCAUAAUUCGGCUGGACCGAAGAUGGACAUCGUGUUACCAGAAGAAGGGAAAGAAACUGGAUUUCUUGCCCAAACUGUUGAAGAAUACGCAGACGCGAUUUUGAAGAUUUUAAGGAUGUCAGAAUCAGAAAGACAUGAAAUGGCUGCAGCUGCAAGAAGACGAGCUAGUAGCUUUUCAGAGCAGAGGUUUUAUGACGAUUUUAAAGCUGCAAUUAUACCAAUUUUAAACCAGUCUUAGGGGUGAGCUUGUUAGACGAUGAAAGAUAAAGUAAGAUAAAAGAUGAGGAUGCCCAAAAUAACCAAUUUUCACUAUCUAAAAUGGGUUUAAGAAAUGCUGUCGACUAUCUGACUUCAUUAAGAUUACGGUCUUGGUGAAAAUAGUUUUGUUAAAUGGGUUUUCAUUUUGUUACUGAACAGAUACACAUCAUUGUUAAUAGAAAGUUUUAAUUUUGAUCUAUUGUUGAUGGAA